UUCGAAACCCUGCAUUAGAGUUCUGGAGAGCCUUUACGACUCGUCACUAAUCCCGUGCGCCGCCUUCGCGUGCUUCUCUACUGCGUGGAAACACAAUUUUUACCUGCAGCCACUCAUCGUGUAAAAGUCUGGUUGCAGGCAUUAAAAGUGGCCAGACGAUUCCGCGAUAAUGGCAGACUUUCAACAAUCGACAAAUCGCUUUCUCAGCUGGUUCAAGUUGGUCGGCGGCGAAUUCAAGGACGACCUCAUUGAGGUUCAAGAUCUGAGGGCUCAAGGCGCAGGUCGAGGCAUCGUUGCAAAAAAAGACAUUCCUGAAGAUUGCACACUUCUCACAAUACCAAGAUCCGCCAUCAUCAACAUCGAAACGUCCGAACUUCCUAAGAAGCUACCAAAGGUGUUUGAAGCCGCGUUUGACGAGGAAGAUGAAGACACCGAACCCCUCGAUCCUUGGGAGUCGCUCAUACUCAUUAUGGUCUAUGAAUACCUGCAAGGUGAUGCUUCGCGAUGGAAACCCUACUUGGAUGUCCUGCCGACAACUUUCGACACGCCUAUGUUUUGGACUGAAUCAGAGCUUAAGGAACUCGAAGUCACCGUGCUAACGAAAGAUAAGAUCGGAAGACAAGCCAGCGAUGAUAAGCUUCGUACUCGCAUCGUUCCUGUCGUGAAACAUAAUCCGGACAUCUUCUAUCCUGUCGGCAAGAAUCAGCUUACAGAGGACGAUCUGCUCAAUCUGGCGCACCGGAUGGGCAGCACAAUCAUGGCUUAUGCUUUCGACUUGGAAAAUGACGAGGAAGAAGAUGAAGCGGAUGAAGAUGGUUGGGUCGUCGAUAGGGAUGCACAGAAGAUGCUAGGUAUGGUACCUAUGGCUGACAUUUUGAAUGCUAACGCCGACUUCAAUGCUCACGUCAACCACGGUGAAAGCCUCGAAGUCACGAGUCUUCGUUCUGAUAUCAAAGCUGGCACCGAGAUUCUGAACUAUUACGGCGCUAUGCCUUCAUCUGAAGUUCUGCGACGCUAUGGAUACAUCACAACCGAGUACCACAGGUACGAUGAAGUUGAAAUCCCUCGUAGCGCUGUUGCACAGGCCCUGGGUAGAGCAACUGGCCUCUCGCCUUCUGAGCUACUCGAGAUGGGCAUUGAGAUAGACGCAGAUAAAGAAGGCGAUCCGUAUAUCAUCGAGCGCGACUCGGGCGCGCCUAACGAAGAGGGCCGUCUUAUCGAGGAAGCGAAGAUGGACGAGUUCCCUGAGCUUGAGGAAGAGCUCAAACUCGCGCUAAAGGCCAUAAAAAAGCACAAGCCAGAAAUGAUUGCAGAUAAUAGGAAGCGCGAUGGGGCUGUCAAUGCUGUCAUUACCGAAGUGGUGGCUGACAAACUCGCACAAUACCCUACAUCGAUAAGGGAAGAUCGAGCCAUUUUGAAGAAGUCUGGUAUUACAAACAGGCACCGCAUGGCAGUUGAGGUGCGGUUGGGAGAGAAGGUUUUGCUGGAAGAGGCUCUUACCAUGCUGAGGGCCAGAAGUGCUGCGGUAGCCAACGAGGACGAGGAACGACCAGCGAAGAAGAUGAAGAGCAAAGCACAAUAAGGGGCAAGAAUUUCCAGAGCGUCUAAAGUUGAGUUCCAAGACCCGCGUCAAGUUGUCAUUACCCACUUAGAUCCGCCCGCUGGCCGUAGAACUCCCUUAAAGUCUGCUCAACCUCCUCGAGUGUCCAUAUAACCUCCUCGCUCCCAUCCUUGACCUGUAACUUCUCUCGCACUCGCUGCGUGAAAUUGGAUCCGUCUUGCGUAAUACUUGAUUGCGAUGUUUGCUGCUCAUCACGCGGUGGACUCCUCGA